AAGAUGCAGGAAAUAAAGAAAUACCUGUAGACUCCAGAGACAAAGACCUUCUAUGAAAAGUUUUUUUCUAGGGAAUAUUGCUGGUUUUUAUGGAAUAAGAGCCCACACCUUUAAGACUAAGUUCAACAGGCUUUGGAGGACAUUUACUGUAAGAAGGGCUGGGAUUUUUGAAGGCUUGAUGAUAAAAAGAGUCAUUUUACCUUUAAGUUUACACCAUGGAUAGUACAAAAGAGAAGUAUGACAAUCACAAAGAUGACCUUCUGCUUAGGAUGGGACUUAAUGAUAAUAAAGCAGGAAUGGAAGGAUUAGACAAAGAGAAAAUUAACAAAAUUAUAAUGGAAGCCACAAAGGGAUCUAGAUUUUAUGUAAAUGAGCUCAAAAAGGAAAAGCAAGUCAACCAACGAAUUGAAAAUAUGAUUCAACAAAAAGCCAAAAUUACCAGCCAGCAGCUAUGGAAAGCCCAAGUACAGGUUGACAGAUUUGCAAUGGAAUUAGAACAGAGUCGGAAUUUGAACAAUACCAUAGUACAUAUUGACAUGGAUGCUUUCUAUGCAGCUGUAGAAAUGAGGGACAAUCCAGAAUUGCAGGACAAACCCAUUGCUGUAGGAUCAGUGAGUAUGUUGUCUACUUCAAAUUACCAUGCAAGGAGAUUUGGAGUUCGUGCAGCCAUGCCAGGAUUUAUUGCUAAGAGACUCUGCCCACAACUUAUUAUAGUACCCCCAAACUUUGACAAAUACCGAGCUGUAAGUAAAGAGGUUAAGGAAAUACUUGCUGAUUAUGAUCCCAAUUUUAUGGCCACAAGUCUUGAUGAAGCUUACUUGAAUAUAACAAAGCACUUACAGGAAAGACAAAACUGGCCUGAUGACAAAAGAAGGUAUUUCAUUAGAAACUCUGUAGAAAAUGGAAAUAAAGUUAAUAAACUGAAUGAGCAUGAACGAUCCAUCUCUCCACUGCUUUUUGAAGACAGUCUUCCUGAUUUGCAGCCCUCAGGAAAUCCUUUCCAAGUGAACUCUGAAGAACAAAAUAAUCCUCAAAUACUCGAAAACUCGGUUGUUUUUGGAACAUCAGCUGAGGAAGUGGUAAAGGAAAUACGUUUCAGAAUCGAGCAAAAAACAAAACUGACAGCCAGUGCAGGCAUUGCUCCAAAUACAAUGUUAGCAAAAAUAUGCAGUGAUAAGCAUAAGCCAAAUGGACAAUACCAAAUUCUUCCCAACAGAGAAGCUGUGAUGGACUUUAUCAAGGACUUACCCAUUAGAAAGGUUUCUGGAGUAGGAAAAGUUACAGAGAAAAUGUUAAAGGCUCUUGGAAUUAUUACUUGCACAGAGCUCUACCAACAGAGGGCAUUGCUUUCUCUCCUUUUUCCUGAAACAUCUUGGCAUUAUUUCCUUCAUAUCUCCCUGGGCUUAGGUUCAACAUACCUGGCAAGGGAUGGAGAGAGAAAAAGUAUGAGCGUUGAGAGGACAUUCAGUGAGAUAAAUAAAGCAGAAGAACAGUAUAGCUUGUGCCAGGAACUUUGCAGUGAACUUGCUCAGGAUCUGCAGAAGGAAGGACUUAAGGGUAGAACUGUUACCAUUAAGCUGAAGAAUGUGAAUUUUGAAGUAAAGACUCGUGCAUCUACAGUUUCAUCUGUUGUUUCUACUGCAGAAGAAAUAUUUGCUAUUGCUAAGGAAUUGCUAAGAACAGAAAUUGAUGCUGAUUUUCCACAUCCCUUGAGAUUAAGACUUAUGGGUGUUCGGAUAUCUAGUUUUCCCAAUGAAGAGGACAAGAAACAACAACAAAAGAGCAUUAUUGGCUUCUUACAGGCUGGAAACCAAUCCCUGUCAGCCACUAACUGUAUACUAAAAAAAACUGACAAAGAUCAGUUUGUAAAACCUCUAGAAAUAUCUCAAAAGGAGAGUUUCUUUGAUAAAAAACGAUUAGAAAGGAAAUUGAGCCACCAAGACGCAUUUAAAGAAACCAUGAACAAACAAAGCCUACAGAAAUCACAACCAUUCCAGGUUUUAAAAAAGAUGAAUGAGAAUUUAGAAACAUCAGAGAAUUCAGAUAACUGUCAGAUAUUUACUUGUCCUGUUUGCUUUAGGGAACAAAGACUCAUUAGUCUGGAAGACUUUAAUAAACACGUAGAUGCAUGUCUUGAUGGACCUUCAAUCAGUGAAAGUGCCAAAACGUCCUCGUGUUCACAUGCUUCCUCUACUGAAGUUAACAAGGAAGAAAAUGUGCAUUAUUCUUUUUCACUUUGUGAGAAGCAAAAUUAUGAAGCCCAUCUGAAAAACAGAGAAAUCACUUUAGCAAACUGUGUAGAUUUGGAGGGUGCAUUAGAUAGUUCAUCUAAAGCAGAAUGUGUAGAUACUUUAAAUAACAGGCUCAGCAAGGAGGAAUAUUCUAGUCUUCCAAGGAAGUCUUUUAAUAUUGAAAAUGGUCUUCAGAAUUUUUGUACUGUUUCACUGGAAAAUGAAGACCUUACAUUGUUAAGUAGGCAAGAAUCCCACCAACCUUAUUCAUAUGAAGUAAUAACAGGCCAAACUCUGAUUUGUCCUGUUUGUAAUCUAGAACAAAAGACUUCAGAUCUUACCCUGUUCAAUGAACAUGUGGAUAUUUGCUUAAAUAAAGGUAUUAUCCAAGAACUGAGAAAGGAUAAAGUGAAUCCAGUUAAUCAAUGCAAAGAAAGUUCCAGAAGUACUGGUGGCUCAAGCAGAGUACAGAAGACUGUGACAGUAACAAAAAGGCCAGGACUGAUGACAAAGCACUCAGCAUCAAAGAAAAUAAAACCAAACAAUUCAAAACAUACCCUUGAUACAUUUUUUAAAUGAACAUUGGACAUUUCAUCAUU